UUAGUUAUACACCAUGUUCUGGUUUAACUGGUGAAAAUCUUUCCAAACCUGCAACUGCAACUGAAUUAAAGAAGUGGUAUAAUGGUCCACAUUUGUUAAGCGUAAUAGAUAAUUUCAAAAUACCAGAACGUCCUAUAGAUAGACCUUUUCGUAUGUCUGUAUCAGAUAUAUUCAAAGGCACUGGAUCUGGUUUAAGCAUAUCUGGACGCAUUGAAACAGGCGUAUUAGGUGCCAAUGAUAAAGUAUUAGUAGGUGCCAAUCGCGAACAGGCGCAAGUGAAAGGCUUGCUGAUAGAUGAAAUGCCACAGACCAAUGUAUUUUCUGGUGAUCAAGUUUCAGUUACACUUUCUGGUAUCGAUUUGAACAACAUUGCUGUUGGUACCAUAAUAUAUGAUCCACAAAACCCUAUACAAGUAACUAGUCGCUUCCAAGCACGUAUACUUGUUUUUAACUUGAAGGUGCCAAUCACAAUUGGUUGUCCAGUGCUGUUGCAUCAUCAGUCACUGAUAGAACCAGCUGUUAUAUCGAAAUUAACAGCACAAAUUCACAAGGGAACAGGUGAAGUUGUUAAGAAAAAACCGCGUUGUCUGGGUAAUAACACAUGUGCCUUAGUUGAAUUGGAAACGAUACGUCCAAUUUGUAUGGAACUUUACUCGGACUUCAAGGAAUUAGGCAGAGUUAUGUUGAGAGUGAGCGGCGUUACAAUUGCUGCUGGAAUGGUUACAAAAAUUCGUUGAACUCUUGGAAUUUUAGUUUAGAUUUUUAUGGUUGUUUUUAUUUUAAUAUAACUUGUUUUUAUAAAUAAAAAUAACGAAAUGCU